CUCUGUUUCUUCGAAGAAAAAUUGCUCUCUUCUUCCGAUUUUUCCGAACAAACCCCUGAGAUUUUGCUUCUUAGUGAUGGUUGCUCCAUGUCCGAUGAUGAAUUAUCGGGCUGGAAGCAGAAUGAGACUCCUCUGAGAACGUUCUCUGUUCUUAAAAUCAAAUGGGUUGCGGAGGAUCUAAGGUAGAUGAUAAGCAGCUUGUGAUUCUUUGUAGAGAGCGCAAGGAACUGAUUAAAGCGGCGUCGCAUCAUCGCUCUGCUCUCGCCGUCGCUCACCUCGUUUACUUCCAGUCUCUCUCCGACGUCGGCGAAGCUAUUCAACGUUUCGUCGACGAGGAAAUCGCAGUUGGUUCUUCGUCGUCUUAUUCGCCGGAUUCUCCUGUUCUUACACUGCCGUCCGACGAAGGGAAGCCGAAGAAACACGAGGGCUCGAUUUCUUCAACCUCGAUUUCUCAUUCAGUCAUCGAAGACAGACGAGAACUCGAGCAAGAAGAUACAGAGGAUUCACAUUUGCAUCUAUCGUCCGGAUCUGAAUCCGAAUCGGGAUCUGAAGCUGGAUCUCAUAUCCAAAUUGACAGCACUCCGGAACAAGAGCUAAACCGGUCAACCGAAACAUUUUCCUCCGGUUAUCCAACUGGCUAUGCUCCACCGGGUUAUCCAUCGGGUUAUCCACCGGGUUACCCAUACGCGGUUGGAGGAUGGGGAUUCGCUGGUAACGCGAAUCCAGGUAUGUAUUUCAUGAAGAAAUCUGCGCCACCAUCUCGACCGUUCAUAUUUCAGCCGGAAAAUCACCGAGUGGAGCCGUCGGGUUCUGGGUUCGGAUUCUCGGGUUAUUCCCCUAAUCCUGGGUUUUCCGGUUACCCUCCUCCUCCAAGCUCAGGAAUCCAACGGAGACCGCCGUCUCCGGCGCCUCCAUCACCACCUACGGUUUCCACUUGGGAUUUCCUGAAUGUGUUUGAUGCCUAUGAUUAUAGCCACCGUGCUUCGAGCUACUAUCCGCCGGGAAUGGCGUCAAUCUCGAGUAGCCCUGAUUCCAAGGAAGUUAGAGAGAGGGAAGGGAUUCCUGAGCUGGAGGAAGAAUCAGAGCACGAAGUGAUCAAGCAAGCAUAUAGACGUCCUAAGAGACCAGGGUUGGAGAAGGUCAAAGAACACAGAGACGAGCGCAAGAACAACAAUUUCCCUGAGCGCAGAAGAGGCUAUGUUGGCAAAGAAACUCCCAAGGCAGAGCCAAUGCCGGAAAGAGUCACUGAGAGCUCCGUCGACUCAGAGACAGUGUCUUCGUUUUCAGGAAGUGAUGUAGAAUCUGAGUUUCACUAUGUUAAGAGCGGUGAGGGAAAGAGCAGCAACAGUUCAAACGGUCACGAGACGAUCAUGGGAACGAAGAGCUCGGGAGAAGUAGAAGAUGAGUAUGGGAGGAAGAAAGGAGUGAGCUUUGAGUUGGAGGAGACGAGCUCUUCCUCUUUUGAUGUUGAAUCCUCUAAGAUUAGUAGCCUAUCCAGUUUGUCGAUCCAUGCCACUAGAGAACUCAGAGAAGUUGUCAAGGAGAUCAAGAGUGAAUUCGAGAUUGCUUCUUCGUAUGGGAAGGAGGUUGCUGUGUUACUUGAGGUCAGCAAGUUACCUUAUCAGCAUAAAAACAGUGGCUUUAAAGUUAUUUUAUCCAGAAUCAUGUAUCUGGUAGCACCAUCCACGCGCUCUCAGCCCGAACGACCAAUACGGUUAACAUCUAGGACACUGAAAAUGGCGAAAGCAUAUAACGGAGAAGAUGUUAAUGGAGGCUUCAAUGGAAACCUUUCAUCAACCUUGGAGAAACUGUAUGCGUGGGAAAAGAAAUUGUACACGGAAGUCAAGGACGAAGAAAAGCUCCGUGCCAUCUAUGAAGAGAAGUGCAAGACACUGAAAAAAAUGGAUAGUCUUGGAGCUGAAUCUAGCAAGAUCGACGCUACUCGAGCAUAUAUCAGGAAGCUUCUGACCAAAAUAGAUAUCUCUAUAAGAUCUAUUGAUUCUAUUUCCAAUAGAAUCCAUAAACUCAGAGAUGAAGAAUUGCAGCCACAAAUCACACAGUUAAUUUAUGGGUUGAUAAGAAUGUGGAGAUCGAUGCUCAAGUGCCACCAGAAACAGUUCAAGGCAAUCAUGGAGAGCAAGGUUCGAUCUGUGAAGGCGAACACCGUCUUACAAAGAGACUCUGGUUCGAGAGCAAUUCUUGAUCUUGAGAUGGAGCUUAGAGAAUGGUGCAAGAGCUUCAACGACUGGAUCAACACUCAGAAAUCAUACGUCCAGUCUCUAAACGGAUGGCUCUCGAGAUGCCUUCACUAUGAACCCGAGGCAACAGAGGACGGAAUCGCUCCUUUCUCUCCUAGCCAGAUUGGCGCGCCUCCCGUUUUUAUCAUAUGCAAAGAUUGGCAAGAAGCAAUGGGAAGAAUAUCUGGAGAGAAUGUGAGCAAUGCAAUGCAAGGUUUCGCGUCAAGCCUACACGAGCUAUGGGAGAAGCAAGAGGAAGAAGAACAAAGGAUAAAAGCGGAACUUGAGCAUCGAGAUGCGGAGUCAGACAAAAGAAGCGUGGUUUCGAGAGGUCGGUCAGAGAGUGCGAUAUCGGUGUUGGAUGAUCUGAAAGUGGAUUUAGAUUCGAUGAGGAAGAAGCUAGUAGAUGAGAGAGGCAAGGGUAAAGAAAAUAUCAAGCUUGUGAACAAUGCGUCUUCGAGUAGCUUGAAAGCUGGUUUAGUUCCCAUUUUUGGUGCAUUGAGAAAAUUCACCGCAGGAGUUGUGAAAGCUCAUGAAGUUGUUAGGCUUCAACAUCCUCAGACUUCUUCUUGAGUAGAGAGUGUGGACCUUUUUGCCACAGUUCGCACCGUUUUGAAGUUUUGUUACCACAAAAAAAAAAAAAAUAGAUAUACUGUAGGUUCAUAUAGGCAAUUGCCGUAUAGAAUAAGUUUUAAUAUUCAUUUA